UGUUCUGAUCGUUCCUGUUCAACACUAUGUUCGGCAACUUAGCACAACUUUACUUUGUCAACAUCGUCAAACUGUGAAAUCAUUGGAGACAAAAGAGGAUAUGAUAUGAUUCACUUUGCUAAUAAUCCCUGUUUGGUUCAAAAAUCCAUGUCAAGUUGUUUUGAGCAAUUUCAUCCACCAUCAUGAGCUUGGCCUUUACCAUAAGCUUUUUAUAUGUGGUCUUGUUUGUGUCAUUCAAAUCCAACAUGGUGUUGUGCGUUGAAAUUGGGGAAUUCUUUCCAGAAGAAAGAGAUGCUUUGAUACUCAUAAGGGAUUCUUUGAAUUCAUCUGUGAAUUUGCAUGGGAAUUGGACAGGCCCUCCUUGUAUAGACAGUCUGAGUAGGUGGAUUGGAAUCACUUGCUCAAAUUGGCAUGUUGUUCAAAUUGUUCUUGAAGGAGUUAACCUUAGUGGUUAUCUACCUCCCACAUUUCUUCAAAACAUAACUCUCUUGAGCCAACUUGACUUCAGAAAUAAUGCACUUUUUGGACCAUUGCCAAGCCUCAAGAAUUUGGUGUUUUUGGAACAAGCCCUUUUAUCAUUCAAUCAUUUCUCAGGGUCAAUUCCUGUGGAGUAUGUUGAACUUACCAGUCUGAGAGUGUUGGAGCUGCAAGAGAAUUACUUACAUGGUCAAAUUCCACCCUUUGAUCAACCAUCAUUGACAAGUUUCAAUGUGUCAUAUAAUCAUCUGUCAGGGCCUAUUCCUGAAACUUCUGUGCUGAUGAGGUUCCCAGAGAGUUCUUAUGAAAAUAAUUCAGAUCUUUGUGGAGAGCCAUUGAAUAAGUUAUGUCCUAUUCAACCUCCUGCCCCAUCUCCAGCACCAUUUUCUGCACCGCCUCCUUUUGCUAUGCCUCCAAUUCCAGCAGUGAAGCCAAAUAACAGGUUUCAAGCAUGGACUGUUGCUGUGAUUGGUGCUGCAGCUGCACUGAUUCUUCUUUCUCUGAUCAGUUUUAUUGCUUUCUUGUUUCGUAAAAGACAAACAAGUGGAAAAGAAGUAAGAAGAGAUGAUUCAGCUGGGCAUGUUUUUGGGGCAUGGGCAAAGAAGAUGGUGGCUUCUGCUGGGGGCAGUGAUGUUUCUGAGAGAUUAGGCAGAUUGGAAUUUUCCAACAAGAAACUACCAGUUUUUGACUUGGAUGAUUUAUUAAGGGCAUCAGCAGAAAUUCUAGGAAGAGGGAACUUAGGUAUUACGUACAAAGCAACUCUUGAAACUGGAACUGUUGUUGCAGUGAAGAGACUUAACCACAUGAAUGAACUGAGCAAGAAGGAAUUUCUCCAGCAGAUCCAAUUGCUAGGACAGAUGAAGCAUGAAAAUAUAGCAGAAAUAAUCUCCUUUUAUUAUUCAGAGGAGCAAAAGUUGGUCAUAUAUGAAUUUACCUCUGAUGGCACUUUGUUUGAACUACUACAUGAGGGUAGAGGAAUUGGAAGAAUGCCACUUGAUUGGACCACAAGACUUUCUAGCAUCAAAGACAUAGCAAAGGGUCUUCUUUUUCUUCAUCAUUCCUUGCCUUCUCAAAAGGUUCCUCAUGCCAACCUCAAGUCAUCCAAUGUCCUAAUCCAUCAAGAUAGUAAAGGGUACCAUUCCAAGCUCACAGAUUAUGGUUUCUUGCCUCUACUCCCAGCCAAACAGAAUGCAGAAAAACUAGCCAUAAGGAGGUCACCAGAAUUUGUUCAAGGGAAGAAGCUAACACGCAGUGCUGAUGUUUAUUGCUUUGGCAUCAUUGUGCUAGAGAUUGUAACCGGCAAAAUCCCUGGCCAUAUCAUUGGUGAAAUUGAAGAGACUACCAAUGAUCUUUCAGAUUGGGUAAGAACUGUGGUGAACAAUGAUUGGUCCACAGAUAUAUUGGAUUUAGAAAUACUUGCAGAAAAAGAAGGGCAUGAUGCAAUGUUAAAGCUAACAGAGUUAGCUCUAGAGUGUACUGAUAUGACACCAGAAAAGAGGCCUAAAAUGAGUGUAGUGUUGAUGAGAAUAGAAGAGAUAGAGAAAAUGAAAAAGGAGAGUGACUAAAGUUUAAGCACACUGCACGAAGUGCAUCUCAAGAAUGUCAUUGUAUUAAUCUGAACACUCAAUUCAUUUGAUAGAAACAUCAUCCAAGUUAGAAAUGGCUUAACAACUGCAUAUAAGAAUGUGAGAGAACAUUUUUUUCCAGAAGAGAUAAAAUCUCUCUGAUUAUGUCCUCUGUUUUUUUUUUAUGAUUUUACU